AUGGGCGAGCCUUGCCCUGAUUUAUACUUAAGAGAUGGUAGACGGUUCCAUCACGCGAUAGCAGCCUCCCUUCUCCCCCUCCCCGUGGUAAAUGCCACCUAUAAAGAGGACGGCACAUGCAGCCCCACACAGCAACACGAGCACACACGGGAUGGACGUGUUGCAUCUCUACAUGGUUUCCACCAGGGAAGGAGGGGGCUGGUGGUUGGCGGAGAGGAAGGGAAGUGGGAAACGAGCAGAUGGGGGAGGAAAAAGCCUAAGAAGAAUCAGAGAGGAAAAAGCCGCUGGGAUGGGGCAGAAUUUGCACUCCCCCCUUCCUCAAAAAAAAAAAAUACAGGAGGAAAAAAAAGGAAAAAAAAAAAAAAAAAGCUUAAGUCUGGAGGAAUCAAAGCUGCUCUGACUGCGAGUGCCAGCGGAGGGCUGCGGCGGGGAGCAGCCCGGGGGUCCCAGUCCGGCCGCCCCGCUCUCCCCGCCGCCAGUUCAUCCUCCUCUCGGUCCUGCUGCCUUUCCUUCCGUCCCGGGGCCGCUCCCACCCCGCAGCCUCGCCACGAUCCAGCGGCUACCCGCAAAGCCAAACCCCUCGGGGGAGAGACCCGGCACCUCCCGCAUCCUCCCGCCCGGCGCGGGGUGUGCGCGGGGGCGGAGGGGCCGCGCCCGCGGAGGACGGAGCGGUGCCCACCCGGCCCGGGAGCCGCCGGCAGCCAGGAGACAGAAGUCACCGCGGGCCAUGCCCUGCAUCUCCCUCCAGCCACAGCAGCUCACGGCCCUUCUGUCUCUGCUCCGCACACCCUGCUGAGAACAGGACCGGUGCGAGUGAGAUUGGCAGGAGCUCCAGAGAAGGCUACAGCUGAUGUAACCAAGAUUAGGACGUCACUCGGUUAUUAAUGAUAAUUAUUAUUAUUGGCAAGCGAGCUAUUUCCUUGCAAAACCCCAUCCUGGAGCUGUGGAGUCGGCGGAGCUGCAUCUCAGCAGGGCGGGAGCUGGCAGGUGCCCUUCGGCUGCCUCUUCCCAGCCUCAGCUGUCAUGACUGAAAUGCACCUUUCCUCCCUGACAGCCUUGUGAAAAUAAGGGAGAGAGACACAACGUAGAAAAGGAUACUUGAGCAGUCACUGUAGUUUUCUGAAAUAUCCUCACAGCAUUUCCUUUCCACUGGGGGUGAACGUUCCCCCCACUGCAGUCCUUGCACAGCAGGCAUUCAAUGCUCCAGUUAGCCUGCAGUGGGAACCAGCCCCUUCCCUCUCCAACAGAAGUGGCAAUGGUGGAAAGAGGCAGUUUUCUUCUGAAGCUCUCUCUGCCUGUCCAGAAAGAAAUAUUCCGAGCUUUAAUAGUCUCUGUGUCUCCAGCAAUCUACAGCAAGGGCAGAAGCAAUAAAUAGUGCAAGGGUAAGGGAAACUCUCUUGUAAUUAUUAUAGAUGGGAGCUGCUUCCCAGCUCUCUCGGUUUUCUUAGAGCUAGGGAAUGGUUUAGAGGUUCUGGAUCGGAUUGUGGAAAGGGUCUAUACACAGCCGGUGCCUGGAUUCCAGCUGCGUUCCUGCCUAAAAGCCCCGGCAAACCCACUCCCGCUGGGCACUCACCCCCAGCUCCCUGGGGAGGGGAAUCGCCUCCAGCUUCCUAUUACUGGGGCAGGAGAACAUGUGGGAACCCAAAUGUGGGAGGGGGAGCAGGGCCGAGAUGUGAUUAAUCCGUGACGCAAAACCCACAUGCGCUGGGCUGGGAGAGCUGCCAGCCCGUGCUCCGGGGAGAGAUGCCUCCUGUGCCCCUGCCGGGGUGCGGGGCACGGCCCACGGCUCAGGGACAGCUUCCCAUGGGGCAUCCUGCCUCUGGGGGCCCCAACAGAGCAACAUGGAAAUCCUGGAAUUAGGAGGGAAGGCCGGAGCUCUGGGCUGUGGGAAAUACAGUGCUGGAACUCUCCAGCAUACAGAGAGUGGUCCUGGGCAGAAACACUCCCAGCUGCAGGGGCUGCACGAGGCAGGCACCUCACCGUGCCAUUACUCUGGGCUUAAAAUUCCUUCACUGGUCUGGUGACCCCUUUUCUUGUCUCCAAGAGAUUUCUAUUUGUCUGGUGUCUUCUGAUAAAUAUAUUCAAUAUUGAGGUUCCCCUCCUGGUGCUUUUUUAGGGAAUUUCUCAAAUA